UCUUUUAAUUUAUUCGCAUUGUUAUCCAAUUCAAUAAUAGAACACUAUAAAACCCCUUUGCAUACAUCAAAAUCAAAUCAAGUAGUAUCACAAAUCUGCAAAGUUCUCCAAGAAAUCUUCAAACUAACUAACCACUGAUCAAUUCAAUGGCAGACAUAAUAUCAAAUGUGUUUAAUGAAAACGAUGAGUUUCGCGCUCUCAUACUAUCAGACAAGGAGUGCGCGGAGGAACUGCAAUACCAAGAGGUUCUUGCAGCCUCUUUAGAAAUCUUCCAUCUUCACAUGUCAUCAACACAAAUCGAAGAAUCCCCUGAAUCAUCCCAAGGUUUUUGUGACAUUUGUAUGGAGACAAAAGUUACAAAUGAAAUGUUCAAACUCGAAAAUUGCUCUGAUCACUCAUUCUGUACUGAUUGCCUAGCCCAAUAUAUCCAGUCCAUGAUUCAAGACCAUAUUUUCUCAGUAACUUGCCCUGGUUUGAAAUGUUGCGCGACAAUUGAACCUGUUUCUUGUAAAUCCAUCAUCCCAGAAAAUGUAUUCGAAAAAUGGGAAGGGGGAUUGAGUGAGUCUGCUCUUCUUGAUUGCGAAAAAUUCUAUUGUCCUUACAAAGAUUGUUCAGAGCUGCUGAUUUAUGAUCAUGAUCAGGACAUAAUUGAGUGCGUAUGUCCUGUAUGCCACAGGCUGCUCUGCGCGGCGUGUGGCGUCCCUUGGCAUACUGGAUUUGAUUGUGACAAGUUUCAAAAUGAUGAAAAAAACAGAGAAGAUGAUUUAAAAGUUGAGGAACUUGCUAGCAGCUCCAAAUGGAUGAAAUGCCCUCACUGCAAACAUAUUGUGCAGAAAGCUGAUGGUUGUAUACACAUAACCUGCCGGUGUGGAUCUCAAUUUUGCUAUAUAUGUGGAGAAACAUGGAGCGAAAGCCAUUGGAGUUGUCAAAUUAGUGAAUGAUACCGGAUUGCUUCUAAAGAACUGGGAAGAUUGAAAGAAGGGUAAAUUAUGCUAAGUGGCCAUUCGGCCCUUUGCGACCAAAAUUAGCAAAAAAAUGUUGUUCCGUCCUUCUUCAACUUUCGACUUUGAAUGUAUUAUAAUGUUUAGUCAUUGUAAACAUAAGUUUGUAUUGUAUACUUUUUAUGACUUUCGGCAAGUUAAAUUGUA